AUGGCCCCAUCCGCCGAUCCCAUUCCCGUGACACCCACCUUUGCCAACUACCCUCCUCCGACCCAUCCCGAAUGUCUGCGUGUUGAACGCAGUACGAAAGCAUUCGCAAGCGGGGCUUAUUCUCUCGUUGACCUCCCCGCGGGUGCCGUUUUCGCCAAGAUCACUACGGCAACUCCUGGAAAGAAAGCCUACACGAGCGUGCAAACCGGCCGCGACACCCACAUCGAACUCAACUCCGACCUAGUCUACUGCAACCACUCAUGCGCACCAUCAUUGGUCUUCGACAUGGGCCGCAUGGAGGUGCGGGUCGUGGACGACCAUCCUUUGAAGGCAGGUGAUGCGCUCACCUUCUUCUACCCCAGCACCGAGUGGGAUAUGGACCAGGCAUUCCAAUGUACCUGCGGGGCAGGUGACGGGAUCUGCAGAGGCUGGAUCUCCGGGGCCAAGACCAUGUCCGCCGAAGAGUUGGAUGGGUAUUGGCUUAAUGGCCACAUCACCGAAUUGCUGAAUGAGAGCAAGGCCAAUUGA